AGAUUCUCUUGAAUCCUCUCUAUUUACCGGGAUCUCGCAUCACAUCUUCUCAUUUUGAUACCAAAGUUCGAGCUCUUGCCAGAAAAUAUUUGUGAUCUUGCUCACUGGCGCCUUUUGAUUCUGGUCGAAGAUCCAGUGCUGCGUUGGUUUUGCUCUGAAAACAAGAUAAAUAGGUGAUUUAUUUUUGUUUGAUCUGCUUCUUUAUUGAGUUUUGUUUCUUCACUGAAAAUUGUUAUUUUAUAAGCUUGAAUGUAAACCUGAUACCACACUUUUGAAUUUUGAAAAUAUUUUGUUUUUUUAA